AUGAAACGCAAAGUUGAGUCGACUGAGCCUGCCACUGGUGGCAAGCCCAGAUACGGUAUUGCUUCGAAUGUGGUUACGGAGAAUGCCGCGAGCGUCCAAGAGGCUUUCUGCCGGGCGACUCGCUCACGGAUUUUCUUCACUCUUGAGGACGAAGCGACUAAGCGAUUGAUGCACGGUGCAGUUGUGACUGCGUUUGGAGGUGGUGGCCAUGUAUUUUUUGAGGAUAUCUCUUUGAACCCCUUCAAGGACACCCUGAACGUGCCGUUCCUUGAAUAUCGAUGCAACAACCAGAGCCAUGUCAUUUUGCAUGGCAACGUCCUCAAUGCACCAGCUCUGGCUUCGAAGAUGCUGAGAAGCACCGCGCUUCCUGGAAAAUGCAAAGAAAUUGUUCCAGUGGAGAAGCAGUUUUGGGGCGCUGAGUUUGGCAUCCUGCAGGAUGCUUGUGGCAUACUCUGGGCCCUAUCGACGAAGAAAGAAGAGGAUAUGGAGAUGUCACCCCAACCUCCUCCAGUUCGAUCCUGUGUCACGGUUAUUGAUGCUGAUGCCUAUCUCAAAUUUCUACAGGAAGUGUUUGGUGAUACCCUGGUUGUCGAGAAGGUUCGCAAGGACGAUGAAGGGCUGCAGAAGGCUGAUCUUCUCAUCAUGGGCUCUGGCUUCUCUGUCAUCCGCGGUGCAGCUUCUGCCUCUGAACGCAGCAGUUUCCAGUUGAUGGUCUCUGGUGGGAAGGAGGCAGCUGGAGCCUUGGGUGAGGUCGUCUCUGAGGUUGAUGGAAAGUGGGCUGUGAAGAUGGAAUGCGGCGUUCAUGUCACUGUUUGUGAGCCUUCAAGUGUUGCAUCGUGA